AUGCCUUCAUAUCUCUUCAUCUUUGCUCAAACGCAUGCUGAAUUCCGGCUUCCUGAGCUUGAGUCCAUCGCUGAGCUCCAUGGCUUCGCCAUCCACAAUAUGUCACGGGACACCUCUUCUCCGUUUGCCGUUUAUGGUCUCGAUUCUGACGAGCAUGCGCGGAUUCUCGCCAAACGAUGCAUUUUGCUCAAACACGUCUACGAGUUCUAUGCUCAAGGGGCAACCUACGAAGAACUGCACUCUGCCAACGAGAAAAGUCGCCAUCUUUGGUCGCAUUACGCCCAGGACGCCUCGUUCAAGUUUGUCGUCUCGGCACAUAACCAUACCAUCCCGUCCUCCCGUCAUCGAACUAUAAUGGAGAGCUUCAACUACAUGGAUUUUCGUGGCGAGAUCACCCUCAAGAAUCCCCAGGUCACACUCGGAAUAUUCGAGGACUACGAAAAAUCCAGCCACGUGUCGGCGACACCCUCUAUCAGAGACAGCUCAUUCCGUCAGGUUUACUUUGGGAGACUGGUCAGUGAUAACAUCUUUCUUGUCGGUGGUGGAAUAACAGGACCUCAGAUUGCGGAUGGGGAAGCACGGUCAUUGAUUGGCGUUUUUGACGUUAAAAAGCGGCUAUACUAUGGAAAUACGAGCAUGGAAUCAGAGGUAUCAUUACUCAUGGCGAAUCAAGCCCUGGCAACAUCGUCGAAAUUGAUCUACGAUCCAUUCUGUGGGACUGGUAGCAUGGCCUACCCAGUGGCCUACUUCGGUGCUCAAGUUUACGGCUCCGAUAUCGAUGGAAGACAAAUCAGAGGCAAAGGCGGCAAAGACAGCCCUCCAGGGGUGCUCAAAGCUGCGCAGCAGUAUGGCGUUGCUGAUCGGAUCAUUGAUCUUUGCACAUUCGAUGUAACGGUGAAUCCAUGGCGUUGCGGGAACCUAUUUGAUGCAAUAGUGACCGAUCCUCCAUAUGGUGUCCGUGCUGGCGCAAAAAGGCUGGGACGCAAGAAGGAGCUUUCCGAAGAAAAGAAGGCUGCCAACAUUGAGCACCAACGAUCUGCUCGCAAUCGACUUGAACCGUACAUACCCCCAACAAAACCAUACGAGUUGUCGGCAUUGGUGGUCGACCUGGUUCUGCUGGCGAGGUAUCUGCUCAAGCCCAAGGGACGACUCGUGUUCUUCCUGCCGACAGUAAACGAGAGCUACGAAGAGGUCGAUGUCCACUCGAUGCUUUGCGAAGGGAUGACCCUGGUGGCGAAUUCCUUGCAAGAUUUUGGGUCAUGGGGCAGAAGACUCGUGACAAUCCGGAAGGACACUGAGCAAGACUUCGCAGCGCCAACGUUCACAGAGCACGCACCUCCAAACCACGUGCCCGCGCACAAAGACUUUCGGGACCAGUACUUCCGGGGGUUCAAGAACCCAGAGGCAGCCCAGGAAUGA